CGUAAGGAUGGAUAUAUAGCAUGGACAUGUUGUAAUUGUUAGCUGACAGCUGGCUCAGACAUUUGAACUGUCUUUCUGUCGUGUACUCUUUUGGCCCAUGCUACCCUCUCAUUUACUCAAUUUGAGGCCAAUAAUAAUUCAAUACUGGAUAACCAACCGAUUACUGUUGAUUCCACAAAAAUCACUCACUUAUUGAUGAGGUUUCACUGACUCAUCAGAGAAGAUGCAGGCGAAUGGUGGUUUGGUUGCUGGAUCGCAUAAGAGGAAUGAGUUGGUCAGAAUUCGACAUGAUUCUGAUGGAGGGCCCAAGCCGUUGAAGGACUUGAACGGGCAGACAUGCCAGAUUUGUGGCGACACUGUAGGCCUAACUGAAACGGGUGAUAUAUUUGUUGCUUGCAAUGAGUGUGCCUUCCCAGUAUGUAGGCCAUGCUAUGAGUAUGAGCGGAGAGAUGGAAAUCAAGCUUGCCCUCAAUGCAAGACUAGAUAUAGAAGACACAAAGGGAGUCCUCGGGUUGAUGGUGAUGAGGAGGAGGAUGAUGUUGAUGACUUGGAAAACGAGUUCAGUUAUCCUCAAGGAAAUAACAAAGCUGCACGCCAAUGGCAGGGGGAUGAUGCUAAUCUUUCUUCAUCUGCUAGACAUGAUCCGCUUCCCCUUCUCACUAAUGGCCAACAAGUAUCUGGUGAAAUUCCAAGUGUUAGAGAUAAUUUAUCUGUAAGAAGUACAUCGGGUCCAUUAGGUCCAAGUGACAAGCAACUUCCAUACAUCGAUCCCAGACAACCAGUUCCUGUAAGGAUUGUUGACCCAACAAAGGACUUGAAUGCUUACGGCCUUGGUAACGUUGACUGGAAGGAACGGGUGGAAGGAUGGAAGCUAAAACAGGAGAAAAAUAUGCAAAUGACAAACAGAUAUGGCGGUGAAGGAAAAGGAGGGGACGAGAUUGAACGGACUGGAUCAAAUGGAGAAGAAUUGCAAAUGGCUGACGAUGCUCGGCAACCAAUGAGUAGAGUGGUGCCUAUUUCAUCAGCUCAUCUGACGCCAUAUCGUAUUGUAAUAAUUUUACGGUUGAUUAUCUUGGGUUUCUUCUUGCAAUACCGUUGCAGUCAUCCAGUGAAUGAUGCUUAUCCAUUGUGGUUGGUAUCUGUUAUCUGUGAAGUCUGGUUUGCAUUGUCAUGGCUUCUUGAUCAAUUCCCAAAAUGGUUCCCUGUUGAACGUGAGACCUACCUUGACAGGCUUGCAUUGAGAUAUGACAGGGAGGGCGAACCGUCACAACUGGCACCUAUUGAUGUUUUUGUGAGUACAGUGGAUCCGCUAAAAGAACCUCCACUCAUCACAGCGAACACGGUGCUAUCGAUUCUAGCUGUGGAUUACCCUGUUGACAAAGUCUCUUGCUAUGUGUCUGACGAUGGUUCCGCCAUGCUCACGUUUGAGUCCCUCUCUGAGACUGCUGAGUUUGCAAGGAAGUGGGUCCCAUUUUGCAAGAAGCAUAGCAUUGAACCCAGAGCACCCGAGUUCUAUUUUGCUCAGAAGAUAGAUUACUUGAAGGACAAGAUUCAGCCUUCUUUUGUCAAGGAACGUAGAGCAAUGAAGAGAGAGUAUGAAGAAUUUAAGGUGCGGAUUAAUGCUCUUGUAGCGAAAGCACAAAAGAUGCCGGAAGAAGGCUGGACAAUGCAAGAUGGAACUCCUUGGCCUGGAAAUAACCCUAGGGAUCAUCCGGGAAUGAUACAGGUGUUCUUAGGACACAGUGGAGGUCUUGAUACAGAUGGCAAUGAGUUACCACGUCUAGUUUAUGUUUCUCGUGAGAAACGUCCUGGUUUCCAACACCACAAGAAAGCUGGUGCUAUGAAUGCUUUGAUACGAGUUUCCGCGGUGUUGACAAAUGGGGCUUAUCUUUUGAAUGUUGAUUGUGAUCACUACUUCAACAACAGCAAAGCUCUGAAAGAAGCCAUGUGUUUCAUGAUGGAUCCUGCGUAUGGAAAGAAGACCUGCUAUGUUCAGUUCCCACAAAGAUUUGAUGGGAUUGAUUUGCACGAUCGAUAUGCUAACCGCAACAUUGUCUUCUUUGACAUUAACUUGAAAGGGUUAGAUGGCAUUCAAGGGCCUGUAUAUGUCGGGACAGGUUGUUGUUUCAACAGACAAGCUCUUUACGGAUACGAUCCAGUUUUGACCGAGGCUGACUUAGAACCAAACAUUAUCAUCAAAUCCUGUUGUGGUUCACGUAAGAAAGGAAAAAAUAGUAACAAGUAUACUGAUAAGAAGAGAGCAGUCAAAAGAAGCGAAUCGAACAUUCCCAUUUUUAAUACGGAAGACAUGGAUGAGGGUGUUGAAGGAUACGAUGAGGAAAAGUCAUUACUAAUGUCUCAAAGGAGCUUAGAAAAACGAUUUGGUCAAUCAUCAGUAUUCAUUUCUGCUACUUUUAUGGAGAUGGGAGGUAUUCCACCCACCACAAAUUCCGCUACCCUUUUGAAAGAGGCUAUCCAUGUUAUUAGUUGUGGUUAUGAAGACAAGACCGAAUGGGGUAAAGAGAUCGGAUGGAUUUAUGGAUCGGUGACAGAAGAUAUUUUGACGGGAUUUAAGAUGCAUGCAAGAGGAUGGAUCUCAAUCUACUGCAUGCCUCCACGCCCUGCUUUUAAAGGGUCUGCUCCAAUUAAUCUUUCUGAUCGUUUGAACCAGGUUCUUAGGUGGGCUUUAGGUUCAAUCGAGAUCUUACUCAGCAGACAUUGCCCUAUUUGGUAUGGGUAUAAUGGUAAAUUGAAACUAUUGGAGCGUCUCGCCUACAUCAAUACCAUUGUGUAUCCACUGACAUCGAUCCCGCUACUAGCUUAUUGUGUACUUCCAGCUGUCUGCCUUCUCACCGGCAAGUUCAUCAUUCCCGAGAUCAGCAACUAUGCGAGUAUGUGGUUUAUUCUUCUUUUCAUCUCAAUUGCCGCCACGGGAAUCUUGGAGCUACGGUGGAGUGGUGUAAGCAUCGAGGAUUGGUGGAGAAACGAGCAGUUUUGGGUCAUUGGUGGGACCUCGGCACAUCUUUUUGCAGUGUUCCAAGGUCUGCUCAAAGUUCUUGCAGGAAUCGAUACCAAUUUCACUGUCACAUCAAAAGCAAGCGACGAAGACGGUGAUUUUGCAGAACUCUACAUUUUCAAAUGGACGGCUCUCUUGAUCCCGCCAACCACCGUACUCAUCGUCAACUUGGUCGGAAUCGUCUCUGGGGUAUCGACAGCCAUCAACAGCGGUUACCAAUCGUGGGGUCCAUUGUUUGGAAAACUGUUUUUCGCCAUCUGGGUCAUUGUCCAUUUGUACCCUUUCCUCAAAGGUCUGUUGGGUCGACAAAACCGCACACCUACAAUUGUUAUUGUGUGGUCGAUUCUUCUCGCUUCGAUUUUCUCAUUGCUGUGGGUUAGAAUCGAUCCUUUUACGACAGACGACAAGCUUGAUUCGAUACGUGGACAGUGCGGGAUUGACUGUUAAUUUUAGUGCACGCUUUUGGUAUAUAUAAUGUACAAGAAUUGAAAAAAAAUGGCAGGAUGACUAUAACAUCUGACGGUGGUUUUAUAUAUUUAUUUUUUUAUUUCUCUUCCUCGCGAGUAUUUUGGUAGUUAAAAGCUAGUUUUAACUUUUAAAUGUGUAUAUAUAUGUAAGAGUGUCAAACAAGUUUAACGAUGUUAAUUACGUUUUUGUCGAUAAUAUUUACUUUUAUUAA